ACGAGGACCAAGGGGCGAGAUCGUGAGAGAGUAGAGGAUGUGGGGCGCGCCAUGCAACGUCGACCCGGGCCGCCACGGCGUCCGCCUGCGGUGGCGCGGGCUCGGGCGCCGGCGCCGGAGGCUCUCGGUCGCCCGGCUCGGCGGUGGCAAGGGCGGCAGGGGCGGCCGCGGGCUCCUGCGGCGGUGGCUGGCGGUGCGGUGGCUCCGGCGCGCGGUGCGCAGGCUGGCCGCGAUCUACAUGGCGGCGUUGGCGGGCCCGCCCGCGCCGCCCGGCGCGUCGGCGUCGACGUGCCCACCGUGGAUCGGCUUGGAGCCGUGCUUCGCCACACCAUUCAUGGCCAGCUCCAGGCCGUGCUGGUGAGGCCCCGGCCAACGCCGCCGUCGUCGAAGGCUUUCCAGGCUGCGCCGGCGGCGGCGGCGGCGUCGCUCGGUCCCACCGCAGCGAAAGUACAAGGGUUCUCCUGUACAGGCAUCAAGACGUGCGGCCUUGGUGCAACAACCAGUCAAUAAUAGACUCAACGAGCUCUGGUGACAGCCAUGGCUUUUUCGACAUCAUCUGCAUGCAUACAAGACUCCUUUCUUAGUUCUUAAUUAAAUAAUCCUCUUCUUCUUCUCUCCUUUUAAAAGAAAAGGGAUGAAAAUAUAGUAAGAAAAGGGCUGCUUCUCUCCUUUUGUGUUAGAAGGAAAGAAAAAUGUUAAGAACAACUAAUUUCUGUUCUGGCCAUCGGCGAUCUGUGGAUUGAUUAGCUCCUUCUCUGUUUCUUGUAUCCAAGUAUUGCGUGCCCGUAUACCAUGGAUCUCAAAUUCAGGCGUUCAUCGGUAUGGGGU